AUGCAGCUCACCAUCGCCGUCACCAUUCUCGCCAGCAUGGCGGCUUCCGUAUCCACAGUCGCGCUAGCGCCCAAAGAUACGGUCACCAAGUACAAGCUCGCUUCAUGGAAUCCAGGGUCGGAGAUCGAAGGGUUGCCCAUCAAAGCGAGCAAGAGCCAAGGUCGUCUCCAGUACUUCGACAACGAGAACGGGAUUCCCACCCAGCCUUUGGAGACUACGGGCUGGAACCUUAACGGGGGUGUCCUGUACUUCUACGAGGCUCCCUUUGUAGCCUGCCCGACGUCGCACAACGGCCCGUACUUGGUGUAUCUGUACACCGGCACCCUUAACCCAGACGGCCACGCCGGCUGCCUCGGGUUCCGGGCUGUGAUCACGCCCGAGACCGACCCGGAGGGUUGCACGUACAGCCAGUAA